AUGGCAUCUCAAAUGAAGCUCUCCUCUACCGAGGGAGGUCCGCCCCAGAGCGUGGAAAAGAUUACUCGAAUUGCCCAAGACUACGAGUACAACGCGGCCGUCCCGCUACGAUACUGGCUGCGGACCGCUGCUACACUGAUGCGAGAGGCGCAAAUCUACGAACGCGAGGGACACGACGAGCAAGCCUACCUCCUCCUCUUCCGACAUGCCCAGCUGGUUCUGGUACACCUAUCAAAACACCCAGACGCCCGGAAAGAUGACAAGGACCGCAAAGCACUGAUUGGAGCUGAGAAGGAAGUUGAGAAAAAUCUCGCCAAGUUGGAGGUCCUCAAGCCGCGGAUAAACAAACGAUACGAACGGUAUACCCAGCUGAUGCGCGAGCGUCAGUCUCGGAAGCUUUCGUCAGAAAUCAGCGCAAUCCCCGAACCCCGAGAGCGAUUCACUGAUCCUGCGUUGGCUGGUGUUGCGGAGCCGUUGGAAGCAGGGGAGAACCGAGACCUUGCGGUUCGGUUGGCGCAGUCCGAGCUCCAGCGCAGAGCUACUGUACGCAGCCGCCGUGCCGCUGGUCUGUGGGGGGAUUGGGAAGAUGCAUAUAAGACCGAUAUCCGGUCGACUGAUCAGGACUUGAGCCAACGGAUUCAGAACAUUAGAUCCAAUUUGGAUCACAAGGCCCCCGCUGGCACGACAGGACGUCUUCAGGAACCUGGUACGGCGCGUGAUGGAUCCACUACGGAAUCGACCUACAAGUACCCUACUGUACCGCGCCACCAGAAAGCAUUGGGACCAGUGAUACCUCCAGCACAAAUUGCCAUUCGAGACAAUAAUGCUGAGCGCCAUCCGCCUCCCAUUUUACCCCCAAAGGAACAUCUUGAGCCUAGUCGAGCAUCAUUUGUUGAUGGCCCUCUGGCCUUGGAGCCUCCACCUCGCCCAUUGAAGUUAUCGCCCGCCCCUCAACUGCCAGAGAAGGUCCGGCCUUCUGCAGAGACUUCCUCCAUAAAGCCCGAUCUCGAUCCCUCCAGCUACACAUUUAAACCCUCUGCCUACUUGGAGAACGGCACUCCUCUGCGCUCAGUAUUCCUUCCCGCCAGCCUGCGCGCUCGUUUUCUCUCACUGGCAGCUUCCAACACCAAGAAUAACCUGGAAACAUGUGGCAUUCUUUGCGGUACACUCGUAUCUAACGCUUUGUUCAUCUCUCGGUUGGUCAUUCCCGAACAGAUCUCCACAUCUGACACCUGUGAAACAACCAAUGAGUCGGCGCUCUUCGACUACUGCGACUCCGAGGACUUGAUCAUGCUCGGCUGGAUCCAUACCCACCCAUCCCAGACAUGCUUUAUGAGCUCACGCGAUCUACACACUCAUUCCGGCUACCAGGUUAUGCUCCCCGAGAGCAUUGCCAUUGUCUGCGCGCCUAGCAAGACACCUGACUGGGGUGUCUUCCGUCUCACGGAUCCUCCGGGUCUGAAAACGGUUUUGAAUUGUACUCAGACGGGCUUGUUCCAUCCCCAUGCAGAGGAGAAUAUAUACACGGGGGCCUUGCGACCGGGUCACGUGUUUGAGGUUAAUGGAUUAGAGUACGAGACAGUAGAUUUGCGUCCCAAGGGGGAGCAAUUCUGA